CGAACGGACGGACGGAGCCGCCAUGUCGCCGCUGGCCGCCUGUGUGCGGGUUUACGCGCUGGGGCUGCGGGCGCUGCUCGUACAGACACUGGGCCGCCGCUUCUCACCCGCAGUUUUACCACCACAAAAUGGGAAAGUUGCCAUCGUGACAGGAGGUGCCAAAGGGAUUGGAUACGAGACGGCAAAGCAUCUAGCAGGACUGGGAAUGCACGUGAUCAUAGCUGGCAAUUGUGAAGAAUCGGGGCAGCAGUCUGUGAGGAGAAUUAUCCAAGAAACUGGGAAUAACAAAGUGGAGUUCAUGCACCUAGAACUGGCCUCGAUGCAGUCUGUACGGCAAUUUGUGGAGCACUUCAAAGCAAAGAACCUUUUGCUUCAUGUCUUGGUGAACAAUGCGGCAGUGAUGCUGGUUCCCCAGAGAUACACAGAGGAUGGGUUUGAAGAGCACUUUGCUGUCAACUAUUUAGGACAUUUCCUGCUGACCCAUCUUCUCCUGGACCCACUGAGGAGGUCAGGGAACAGAGAUCACAAUAGUCGUGUCGUCAUUCUCUCCUCAGCCACGCAUUACAUCGGAGAGAUCAACCUCACCGACUUGCAAAGCAGACGCGGUUACUCAUCCCACGGGGCCUAUGCCCAGAGCAAGCUUGCCCUGGUCCUCUUCUCGUACCAACUGCAGCAACGCCUAGCGGCCGACGGGAGCUACGUGACUUCCAACGUGGUGGACCCGGGGGUGGUCAGCACCGGCCUCUACAAGCACACCACCUGGCUCUUCAAACUGUGCAAGUGGCUGACUUCCUGGUUGCUCUUCAAGACUCCGAGCCAGGGUGCCUCCACCGUGAUAUACGCCGCGCUCUCGCCCGACCUGGAAGGUUCCGGCGGUUUCUAUCUCAACAAUGGCCAGAAGGAAAAAUCAGCAGACGUUUCCUACGACGAAGACCUCCAGACUGAACUGUGGGCCCGGACCUGCAAACUGCUCGGGAUUCCAGAGAGGCCUGUCAACGCCUCUUGAAGAACAAAAGGCCUCUCUAUCCUCAAGGCCCUGUGGACUCGUCUUUCCUUCUUGAAAGACAGGCAGCAAGAAUAACUAAUUCUUGAAGAAUAAUGAGGAUAACCAAAGGAUAGGAUGGGUUUGGAGGGAUAUGAGGCCAAAAGCGGGCGGGUGGGACUAGUGUGGCUGGGAUAUGUUGGCCGGUGUGGGCAAGUUGGGCCGAAGGGCCUGUUUCCAUGCUGUAUCAUUCUAUAUGACUCUAUAAUCAAUCACAGGAAAAUUCCAGCUUAAAAUUAACAGAAAAUCAUAAAUAAUCAAUUAAAUUCCUCAGUUUGCGCUCAUUAGUAGAACAACCCUCCCCCCC